CACAUUCCGAUUAUUAAGGCGAUCGAAUCAAAGUCUCUCAUCUUCACCUUCACGUCACAAUUAGUUUUGAGCUGAUCGGAGGCAGAAGGGCAGACCACAAAGAUCUUCAUCGACGACAGGUUUCUUUCUAACAUUUAGCUGGGAGUCGACAGCGAUUUCAUUCUCGAAAUGGAUAACAAUGGCUUCGAUAACGUGGAAAUGAAGGAGACAAUGAAGGACUCGGAGACGUCGAAAAAGGCAGAAGCUGAGGGGGAAGUUUCUCACUAUAGUGAGGUGAAUGAUGCUGAACAAGGAUCUUCAACCAGUCCUCAGCUCUGCACUAGGCCAUACGCAGGUAUGGGCAAGGAAGAGCUGUUGAAGUUCUCCCAAACCCCCGGAUGGCGGGCUGCUCGUUGGAUAUGUCUCCUGAUCAUCCUAGCUGGAUGGUGUGCUAUGCUUGGUAUGGCCAUCUUCCUCAUCAUCACCACACCAAGAUGUCUGCCGUGGUGGCAAUCCGCUGUCGUCUACCAGAUCUUCCCGAGGUCGUUUGCCGACUCGGCGGCUGACGUCGACUCUAUUAUCGGGGGAGACGGCGUUGGGGAUUUGCAAGGAAUCAUUAACAAAGUGGACUACUUGAAGAACGAUCUAGGAAUCAACGCAGUCUUGCUGUCUUCGAUCUACAAAUCGGGAGGACGAGACAACGGCGAGGACAUCACCGAUUUCACUUUGGUGGACGAUGUACUCGGAAGCAUUGACGAUUUUGAGGAACUCGUCCAAGUACUGCAUGAUAAUGAUAUUAAACUCAUCUUGGACUUCAUUCCGAAUCAUUCAAGUGCCCAUCACGAGUUCUUCCAGAAAAGCAGGAAAGUAGUUGCUGGAACGCCAGAUUCUGAUGACGAUUUGAAGUAUCAAGAAUUCUACACAUGGACCGACGCACCUGAGCCUAACAAUUGGAUAAGUUUGUACAGUGGCAGUGCAUGGAAUUGUGAUGAUGUCGCAGAUAAAUGUUUUCUUCAUCAAUAUUCCGAAUAUCAACCCGAUCUUGACCUCGCCAACGAAGAGGUCCGAGCACACUUAUCGGAUGCUCUUGAGAGAUGGUUUACUCGAGGAGUGGAUGGAUUUAACAUUCGAGGAGUCAGGUAUUUCCACGAAGCUCCAGACUUCACAGAUGAACCUGUUAAUGCUGAUUACAUAUCCAUCGGUUCCAACCACUCGCAAUACGAAUCACUUCACCAUGAUUACACAGCAGAAUAUGAUGGCAUGUCUCAUUCACUAUUGCAAACUUGGAGGGAUGGUGUCUUCUACAAAUUCUCAACUGCGGGCACCUACAGAGUGAUGCUGACUGAUUCUGACAGCAACACAACGUACGUCCAGUCAUAUUACGGUACUUCCAAUGACCCGGGAGCAAAUCUACCAAUGAACUUUAACCUAUUGGAGAUGGGAGACCCCAUGGGUCAAGGUGGGACGAUAACUGGACGUGAACUUGAGGCUCUGAUUAGAAAGUGGCUCGACGUAAUGGAUGAGGGUAACUGGCCCAACUUCCAGCUUGGUAAUUAUGGUGCUAGUCGCAUUGCCAGUCGUCUGGCACCCGAGUACAGCAAAGUGGCCAACAUCCUCCUCCUGACUCUACCAGGCACGCCCAUCUGUUACUAUGGUGAUGAACUUGGGAUGGAGAAUCUACAGGACCUAGAGUAUGAACAAGUGAAGGAUCUCCGCGCCAAGACUGAUCCAAGUGUAUGGCAAUUGAAGACACGAGAUUAUGAACGUUCUCCAAUGCAGUGGGAUGCAACAAUGAAUGCAGGGUUUUCAACAUCAGAAGAUUAUAUAUACCUCCCUGUUCAUUCUAACUAUCAACAAGUCAAUGUCGCGGCUCAAAAAGAAGACGAAGAUUCAGUCUUGCAGAUGUUCCGUCGAUUGGUGGCGCUACGCAGUGAAUAUCGUGCUUUGACAACAGACACCAUCAACUUUGUCGCAUCUUCAGACGAGGUUAUUGCGUAUAUCCGUGAGAUCGACAUUGAAAAGGAGCGUUUCUUUAUCGCUCUCAACUUCGGGAGCAUUGACAGUGAGGUGGAUUAUUUCCACACCGGUGACGGCGACUCACUGCCCCUUCAAGGCUCAGUGGUAGUAUCCACGGACCGCGGGCGUGAAAGUUCGAGGGUCGAGCUCAACAAACUCCACCUUAAACCUGGCGAAGGAGUGGUUGUUCUCCUUGAUGAGAUCGUACACGUUGGCAGUGGAUGGUGGUAUAAGUUCUUCUUGCCUGAUGCAUAACAAGCGUUAUUGAUUGAAGAAAGAAAAGCUGAAGAAAAUUGGCAAAGAAAUGGUUUUAAGAGGAGAAAAAUAUAAGUACAUGAUUAUACUGAUGGUAGGAGAAUAGUAAAAAAUAUAGAUGUAUCUGAAGUAUUCUUGAACUGUCUUCCUUGUAGCCCGUCGUUUAGAAGUGUUUUAUUCUCUCUCUCUCUCUCUCUCUCUCUCACCCCUUCUCUCUCUCUCUCUCUCUCUCUCUCUUCUUCUCUCACUCUCUUUCUCUUGUCAAGUCAAUUAAGGAAGGAGUAUGAUGUUAUUUGCGGACAUUAUUAUCAGAUUAGAUUUUUCGCAUUGUAUUUCAUGAGGUCAUUAUCGUUAACAGCGCGAUUGACCUGUACUGUGCAUCGUUCGUCUGACAACGGAUCACUAUUAAAAUUUAUUUCUAGAGAUUAUGUGAAUAAUUAUAUUAACUGUUCCUGUUUGAAGUGGUAACCCGCACUGUCAGCUUUUCUAUGUAAUAUCACAUCGCUCAUCACUGUAUACCCUGUAUGUUAUGAAAAUAAAGUGCAUGCAUAAUAUUUUGUCUUCAGUCCCAUUAAUUUUAUUUCAUACAUCAUUAACUUUACUAAUGGGUAACCUGGUUCUCUUUUCAUUUUAUUUUUCGGCGUGGAGAUUGAUACGAACAUUUUCUUUCGUCUUAUUCAAUAAAAUUGAAGGGUAAAAAGGUUGUUAUUGUCGGUCAAGCAAUUAAAAGCCGGCGACAUUUUCGAUUAGAUGGUGAAAAGGAUUUCUUUCUUGUUCUAUUCAUGUAUAAUACAAAUCGUGAUUAGCAGUCAAUGACUGAAUUUUCACAUUUUACAAGCAAAUUUUAAAAAUACAUAAUUAUAGAAUACAAUAUUGCAAAUGGUUAAAUUACACAAACACAGAAUGAUGAUCAGUGUACAAAGACCAUUGUGGUUUUAAUAAUUCGACAUACAUCAUAAAUCAUAAAACAUAAUUCAAUGGAGAGAAGUAAUUGCAUUUAAGAUCGAUAAUGUCCAUCGUUCCCUGUACAUUCUAUCCAUACUCUUCUUCCCUCUGUUCCCCUUCUCUCUCUCCCUCUCCCUCUCUCUCUCUCUCUCUCUCUCUCUCUCUCUAACUUGUAGGCUGUUGGCACAUUGUUUAUAUUAUCAAUCAUUUGAAUAAAGAUAAAUCAAAAAGAGAAUAAAGUUCUAAUCAAAUUG